AUGUUGAAGGCCAUUAGCGUCGGCCUCCUUUUUCUUUUAUGUUUGAGUUUUACGUUUGGUUAUCCUCAUGAAUGUGCUCAUGGCCCAGAAUACUGGUGUAAAACAUUUGUAACAGCAUCAGAAUGCGGAGCAUUACGUCAUUGUACAGAUACCGUAUGGAAAUAUCAACAAUACGAAAGUGAAGAUGAAUCAACAACAUGUGAUUGGUGUAAAAAAAUAUUAGAAAAAUCUUCUGAAGCUAUUGGAUUAAUAGAAAAUAAUGAUGCAUUAGUUAAAUCCACCUUAUUGAAUGGUUGUCAACUAUUCCCAUAUGCAACUAUUUCAGCACAAUGUACAACUGUCAUGACAACUUAUUUACCAUCUGUAUUAGUAUUACUCAAAAAUCACCGUUUUCAUACAUUAUGCCGUCUUAUGAAAGCAUGUGAUGUUCAAGAACAAAAACCAGAGCUACCCGAAUCAAUAACACAAAAACAAAUUUUAGUUGGUGGUAAACGUUGUACAUGGGGUCCAUCAUACUGGUGUUCAUCGUUACAAAAUGCUCAUGAAUGUCAAAGUGUGAAACAUUGUUCAACUAAAGUAUGGCCGAACCAAUUAGUGAAUGAAAAAGAUAAUAUUUGUCAAUAUUGUGAAUUUGCACUAACAAAAUUAAGACGUAUACUUGAAACUAAUGAAACAGAAAUUACUGUGGAUAAAUAUUUAGCCGGUGCUUGUUCAAUGUUACCCACAAAAGAACUAAUUGAUCAAUGUGUUAAAAUGUUAACAGAUUACUCUGAACAAUUAUUAGUAUUAUUAAGGACAAAUAUGGAUCCCGGUGUUAUCUGUCAUUUAGUUCAUAUGUGUAAAGAUAGUACAAUAGUAACACGUACAGAAAUCAAAGAACAACUAAAAGUUGCAGUUAUUGUUAAUGAUGAAGAUUCUAUACAAGAAAUUAAAUCAUCUCUGGAUGAAGAAACAAAAAUGUUAUGUCCAGUUCUUGUACGAGCCACAGCAGAUUUGUUCAAUGAAGGAAAACAGCAAAAGGAAAUUCAAAUGUUAAAUAGAGAUGAUUGUAAAAAAUUACAAAAUAUUGAACUCGUACAAAAAUGUGUAAAAUUAGUGGAUACUUAUCAAUCCGAAAUUUAUCGUCAUGUUAUGAAUCGUGUCGAAUUAUCUAAAAUUUGUGGCCUUGUUUAUUCGUCAUCUGAGAAAGAGCAACAAAUAGGACAGGUAACAUCGGAUGUUGAAUGUGAAUUAUGUACAGUAGUGACGUCAAUAGCCAAACGUAUGUUAGAAACAAAACAUAGCGAAGACAAUGUUAUUCGUUAUAUCGAACAAGAAAUGUGUUCCCGUUUACAAAGUUUAGAUAAAAAGGCGUGUCAAAAUUUAUUACAAGAAAAAGGACGAGAAAUGCUUAACAGUCUGACAUCUGGAACGCAUCCAAUGUUAUUAUGUACACAUUUCAAAGUAUGUCUGACAGAAAUAAGUUUACCGUCCAGUCCAUUACAAAAGGAGGAAAUAAUCGAUUUUUUGAAAAAUGACAUAUGUAAAAAACUUGGUGUAUUUAAAGAUGUUUGUGAUGCUUUAAUUGACAAAGAAGGCAAGAAUAUUAUUCAACUUUUGAUCAAUGAUGUGGUGCGUAUAAUUCAUUUUCUCGGUUUAUGUCCAAAACUAAUGACAUUUUUGGAUAAUUUGGCUGUUCAUGAUGAUAAAAACAAAUGUAAACGAUGUAUUGACGAUUUUACACGACGUAAACAUAUUUCUGAGAGAUUAAUUACAAAAGCAUCAGAAUUUAUGAAACAUUUAUGUGGACAAUUACCUCAAAAAGACGAAUGUGAGAAACAAGUUGAUGCAUCUGUUAAUGAUUUACUAAAAUACAUUCAAUCAUUGGAUCCUCAAUCAAUUUGUGUUGAAUUGAAAAUGUGUGAUAAAACAACGGCUCUUUUAUAUAAACCUGAUCUUCUAUUCAAACAUGACGUCGUUAAUAUGGAUUCUGUUAACUGUACACUGUGUAGACUAGCAUUUGAUUUGAUUAAGAAAGCAUUGCAAAGUAAUGCUACAGAGGAACAAAUUCUUGACUAUAUCAAAACUGAUAUUUGUAAAAAGUUACCAUCACUUGAUAAAUUAUGUGAACGAUUAAUUAAUGCAGAAGGACCAAAAAUACUCGAAUUACUUGCCGGUGAUAUUGAUCCACAUAAAGUGUGUCAAAUAAUUGGAAUAUGUCCAAAUGAUCAAACAAUUUUAGCAUGCAAAGAUAAAUGUGAAUGUUGUGUGGAUAAAGUUGAAUCUUAUGAAAGUAAAGCAACAUCAUUUAUUCAAUCAAUGGUAUCAAGUAUGAAAACAUUCUGUGGACAUUUACCAGUAUCCGAACAAUGUAGUCAAAUGGUCGACAAUUUUUCAACUAGAAUGGAUUCAUAUAUUUCAAGUUUGGAUUCAAAAAGAAUUUGUCAAACAUUAAGAUUUUGUCCAACUGGCCAACUUGGAAUCGAAAUGAUUCAUGAUCGAUGUCCCCAUUGUCAAGAUCAACUAGAAUCCAAGCGUAAAUUUUUAUUAUCAUCUGUUGACAAAAUAUCCGACAAUUUAAAAUCGUUAUGUGAUUAUACUCCAUGGGACAAAGAUUGUCAAAGUGUAAUUGAUCGUUCAAUGUUAACUCUUAACGAGAAAAUUGAAAAAAUAAAUCCAAACGAAUGGUGUCUAAAACGAGAAUAUUGUCCAAAAACAUUAACAUCAAAACAUUUAGAAAGACAAUUAGAAAACUAUUUAAAAGAUGAAAUUUGUUCAAAAGGCGAUGAAUCAUUUCAGUUAUUGUGUAAACAAUUAGUGUCAUUUGAUGAGAAAAAGAGUGAAAUGGAGGCAUUGUUCAAAUCAAUAUUGAAUCGAAAUGGUCAACUGGAAGGAUCAGAAUUGUGUGAAUUCGAUGAGGAGAAUAAUGAUAAAGAAUGUAAACCAAAUGUUGAAGAUUUGAAAGAUUGUAAUGAUAAAUGUGAUUGUUGUGUCAAAUUAUACAAGAAAAAGAAAACAUAUAAUCUCAAACAAAUUGAAACAUUACGUAGUGGUUUAUUAGCAACAUGUGAUUGGAGUUCAUCUAAAACACAAUGUACAAAUUGGUUUAAUCGUGUCUGCGAUCGUAUGAGAACAAAAGUUGAUCAAUCUGACUCAGAAAAUUUUUGUAAACGAAUUGGUUUAUGUUCAUCACAAAUAAAUACGCCAAUAGCAAUGAAAUCAGAAUUAAUCAUUGUCAAAACAGAAAAUGAUGAACAAAAGUGUAAAUCUGCUGAUAAAUGUGAGUGUUGUGUUGAUCGAAUUCAACAACGUACAAAUCGUUUAAAAUUAUUGAUCAAUCAUAUUUCGUGUGACAAUAUACCGUGGAAUAAAAAUUGUAAAAAUUCAGUAACACGUGAACAACAACGUUCACUGAAUGAAAUUGAAAAAAUAGAACCGCAACAAAUAUGUCAACAUCUUGGAUUUUGUUCUGCUGAUCAUUCAUCGCUAUUGAAUUCACAUUCAGAAAUGCUAGUACACACUCAAUAUUCACAACUCGAUUCGUUAAAUGAACGAUUAGGUGUGUAUAAAAAGUUAAAUAAAAGCUUGAAAACAUAUAUUCAAAAUGAAGUAUGUCUACGAUAUGGUCAGUUAGCACCACUAUGUAAACAUAUUAUUGGUAGUGUCAAUUCUAUGGAAUAUGAAAAAGUAUAUUUAGCCCUAUUAACAAAGAAUACUUAUUAUAUUCGUCAAGAUGUUGACGAAAAAUUAGCUGAACACAAACGAUUAAAUAUAGACGUAUGUCAAGGAUGUAAAGAUGUUGUACAAGCCACAAAAGAUUUUUGGACACAAGCAAUAGAAACAGUUCGUUCUAGUCUAUUGCACACUUGCGAUUGGUGUCCGGUGAAAGAUGAAUGCCGCGAUUUUUAUACUAGAACUUUUGACUAUGUUAAAGAUUAUUUGGAUAAAAUUGAUCCAGAACAAUGGUGUCAAGCAACUCGUCUAUGUCCAACAUCAAGUGUAACGGUUACGGGAGAUAGAUGUGAACAAUGUACAUCUCGUUUACAAAAUCGAAAAGAUUGUUUUAUCCGUACAAUCGAUCGUUUAACAUCUUAUUUUGAUGAUUUAUGUCAACGAUUUGCAGAUAAACAAUGUCAAAAUUUUGUCAAAGAACAAUCGAAUCGAGCAAAAGAAUGGGUGCAAAUGUUUGAUCCAAAAGAAACAUGUCAACAUAUGGGAUUUUGUACAAUGAUAAGCAAUGAUAAUGAAUACCAACAAGAUCGAUCAUUUGAUGAAUAUGAAAAACAAUUUCAAUCACGAAUUGAAGAUGAAAUUUGUUCAAAAUUAGGACCAUUUAAUUCUAUCUGCCGACAAGUCGCACGUGGAAAUAUGAAAGAAGUACAAACAACAAAAAUUAAUUUAAAUAUCAAAGAUUUAGUUGAACUUGGUGAAAAAAAUAUUUUUACAGCAAAAUUUUUAAAUGAAUGUUCUAACGACAAAUGUGGAUGUUGUGUUAAACAUAUCAAAUGUAAAAUAGCUCAUGCUAAAGAAUUAACACACGAAUUAACGGAAACUCUGACAUCUUUAUGUGAUUAUUGUCCAGUAAAACGUCGUUGUAAAUUAUAUUUUGAAAAACGUGAAGAACAAUUUGAUAAAUGUUUAGAUUAUAUCAAACCAAGACACGCAUGUACAAAAGCAGGAUUUUGUCCAAAUAAAACCGAAGAAGAAACAUUAACCGAUAUUAUUAACGUAGUUCCAUCCCACAUUGAUAUUCCACUUUCAAAUACACAUCUAUGCGAUAAAAUGGGUCCAUUUGCACAAGCAUGUAAAGAAGUUUUAGGAAGUGUAUCUCAAUUUGGAGAAAAAAUGAAUUUAAUAGAAGACUAUUUACCAAAAGCAUCAGUUAAUCUAAUUUCUACCGUUGGUGAUAAUUCAAAUCAGACGUGUAUUAUGUGUGAAUUUGUUAUGAAUUUAUUAAAAUCAUACAUUACAAAAAAAUCAACAGAACAACAAAUUGAACAAUCUCUAGAUCGAAUAUGUCAAGAAAUGCCAUCAUCAUUAAAACAAGAAUGUUUAUUAUUAAUUGAAAAUUAUUCACCAGCAAUUUUGAGUGUAUUGGCACAAGAAUUUGAUCCAAAAAGUGUAUGUCAAAAAUUGAGAAUAUGUACAAAAGAAUUGAGUCAACGUUUAAGUACUGAACAUUUAACAAAAGCAUCACUAUCAUCAUGUGGAAUAUGUGAUUAUUUUUCAACAUAUUUACAUUUUGCCAUACAACGUGAUUCAAGUGAAACAGCAGUUCAAAAAGCGUUACAAACUGUUUGUACACAUUUAGUGGUUGAUAAACGUAUGGAAUGUGAAACAUUACUUGCAUUGUAUACACCUCAAAUCGUAUCACACGCACUCAAAUUAGAUAUGGGUAAUAAUUUUUGUAAAGAAUUAAAAAUAUGUCAAACACCAAUGAUCGAAUUGUCACCUGGCAUUAAAACACCAGCAGGUGUUGUUCAUGUUCCAUUAACACGAGUACAAACGCCAAUACAUCAUCCUCAUCUAUCAUCCUACGAUCUUAAACAAGUAAUCGAUAAAAAUGUUGAUGCUGAGCCUCAGUGUAUAAUAUGCCAUUAUGUUGUAUCGUAUUUGGAUGCUAUAUUAAAAAAUAAUAAAUCCGAAGCAGCCAUCGAAUCAGCAUUAGAACAAGUCUGUUCUAUACUACCAGCUAAAGAACGUGGUCAGUGUGAUCAAUUUAUUAAAAAUUAUGGUCCAAUAUUAGCUAAAUUAGUUGAAGAAUUAGCUGAUCCACAAAUAGUAUGUCGCUAUAUGGGUCUAUGUCAAGUUAUUGUAGAUAAAGAAUCAGCAACAAUCAUAUCAGAAAAACCCUCAUCAACAUCUUCCCAUGAUAAUCAUCAAUAUGUUCACAUUCAGAUUCCUGCCUCAACACAUCAAACGAGUCCAUUUACAUGUACAAUUUGUACAUUUGUUGUUAGUCGAUUGAAAAAGAUUAUUGUUGAAAAUAAAACCGAGGGCAAAGUUAUACAAGCGCUUGAAAAUACAUGUACACUAUUUUCCGCAUUUGAUUUAAGACAAGAAUGUAAAUCAUUUGUUGAUGAAUAUGGACCAUAUCUUGUUCAAAUGGUUUCACAAGAUAUUGAUGCCAAAAUUGUUUGUCAAAACUUGCAAAUAUGUCAAAAAUCUGAACAAAAUCAACCAUGGAAAAUGACAACAAAAUCAACAGAUAUUGAAUUAUUAUCAUUAUCAACAAUAAAGAAAUCUCAUGCCAAAUGUAUCUUUGGAAUUAAUUAUUGGUGUACAAGUAGACAAAAUGCAGAAUUAUGCAAUGCGGUCGAAAUAUGUGAACAUCAAAUAUGGUCAAAACAAAAAAAUAUUAUUAUUUAG